UCAAAUUUUAACCUUGUCUGUAUACUAUAAUAGCAGUGCAAACGUAUUUUGAGUACGAUAAUAUUAUCUUUUUAAUUUAAGAUUCGCUAUUCCUUAUUGAACUCUUUUCGCGUAGUAACAAAGUUAUAUUGAAAGUUUUAUCGGGAAUAUUCGUUUUCGUAUUUUUGUGAUUGUCAAAGGACGUCGUUCUAAGAAAAGCUUUUGAUCUUUUUCGAUCUUCGAAUCUUCAUUUCGACCCUAUAUAACCGUUCAUCUUGGAAAAAUAUUUUAAAAGAAAGCUAAGAAUCUCUAACAAAGAUUUCAGAGGUCUUUAUAAUAGAGAAAGGAAGAUGAAAAAGGGGGCGAAAUGCAUAGCGCGGACCAUCAACCUAUCAGUACCAAACAAGCCAAAAGAAGUACAGAAACUUGUUAGUGCCGAUAUAACAGAACCAUGUCCUAAUUUGGGACAUGGAAGUUCUUCUUAUUGGACGCCGAAGCCAGUUCACGUUAAAAUUUGUACACGAAAGGAUAUGCAAAGAAUUUGUGCACCGAAGAUAUGCGUGUGUCCACCGAAGCCAGCGCGAAGAACGAAAGCUCAAAUAUUUUUCAUAAUAAUAGUUUUUCUAUUGAAAAGUGCUACCGUAGGCACUCUUUUAUACUGGAUGUACACCGAUGGUAAUUUGCCAUUUUUUCCAGACAUCGACAAAAUCAAUAUACCGCGCCUCGAGAAUACGAGGUACUCAAUGAUUCAAAAAUAUAAUCGUGCCGUUAUUAAGAUCAUGAAUAUUCUCGUCGACUUACCGCAGAAAACUUUUGAAAAGCUUUCGAGUAUUAUCUAUGGACCAGAAAAGACAAGCGAAAAAACGACGGAAGAUGAUAAUACCAACGCCGAGGAUAAUAUAGAGAAAUUCAAUGCUUGUUUUAUCUUUUUCUUGUAGACCUUCAAACGACGCUCGAUAGAAUGAUUAAGUGCCACAUAUUCAUCAAAUAUGAAACUCUGAAAUUUAAAAUCAUAGAGGUCAAAGUAUUCGUUUUAUCCAAGUUUUUUGUGCGUCGUGAAUUUGUUAUUUUCGUCCUUUCGUUUUGUCUGUGAAAUGGAUCUCAACGUAAAAUAAACGUAAGGGUUUCGAAUGAAUCGACUUUUUGCAAUAUAUAUGUACUUGUAUUUGUUAUAAAAUAUAUUUUUCUUAAUUACAUGAAAUAUGGUGUUUGUAGUGCUGCUUCUGAUCAAAGAAAAUUUAAAUGUCGUAUUAGCAUUUAAAAACACGUUUUACGAUUCUACAACGAGGAACAAAAGGAUUGUUUGUUCAUGUCGCCUGUUCUACAGAUUUUUAAGACCUUUGGUUAGUACACGCUAGGGACAUUCCUGAGAUGUUUCUUUCAUUCGCAUAUAGAGAGAUACACUCGUGAGAGUACGUACAGUAUAAGCCGGGAUUAAAAUUCCGCGCAUGAUUCUUUCAUUUUUUCCGGUGUACCUGAAGGGCACACAAGGGA